AUGCUAACUUCUAGGUUUGAAGAAGUGAGAAUGAAGGAUGAUGAAACGUUUGACGAAUUCUAUGCUAAAUUGAAUGACAGUGUCAAUUCUAGCUUCAAUUUAGGUGAGAAAAUUACCGAGUCUAAAAUUGUGAGAAAAGUGCUUAGGUCCUUGCCCGAGAGAUUUAGGCAUAAAAUCAGUGCCAUUGAGGAAAGUAAGGACCUAGAUGAAGUUAAAAUUGAAGAACUGGUAGGAUCGUUGCAAACGGACGAGGAAAUUGCAUACUUUGUUAAGAAAUUCCAAAAAGUUCUCAAGAAUAGGAGAAAACCUCAAGAUAAAAAGAGUGGAGCCCCUAGCAGAUUCACAAAAGCAAAAACUGAAACAUUUAACAAUAAAGGGUCGAGUGAUAAACCACGUUUGGUUAGGUGUCAUGAGUGUCAAGAUAAUGAAUCUGAGACCAGUGAUAGACAUGAUUCUUCUAGUAGUGAGGACGAAGGAAACUAUAUGGCAUUUGUAUUGACUGUGAAGAGUGAAUCUGAUAAGGAGAGUGACAAGGUUGAGGAAGAACUUUCAAACGAUAAUUCUAGUAGUGAGGAUGAGGAUGAGAUAGACAUACAAGAAGCGUAUCAACUUUUAUUUAAAGAGAGUCUUAGAAUCAAAAAGGUCAAUAAAGUCCUACUCAAAAAGGUUGAUGAAUUUGAAAGAGAAAAAGAGAAACUUGCUAGUAAUUUUCAGGAUUCUCUUAAGAGUGGUAGUGAGUUAAAGUGUGUCAAUGAGAAGUUAGAGGAGAAGAUUAAGACUUUAACUAGUGAAUUGGAGAAAUCUAAUGCUCAUCUUCAGACUUUCGUGAGUGGGACUAAGAAAUUGGACAAUAUUUUGGAAAUGAAUAAGCCUGCAGGAGAUAGGAAGGGUCUAGGAUAUGUUGAGGGUAAUACACAUGUUGCUGGACCUUCUAAAACAGUUUUUGUUUCUGCCUCUAAGAAAGCUAAUGCUGUUAGUAGUUCAAAUAAGGGUAAGAGAGUUCCGAGAGAACAGAGUCAUCAAUCACGUAGGAACUCCAUACCCAAAUACCCACAGCCACGUACCUUUGAGUCUAGGUUCAUUCCCACCUGUCACCACUGUGGAGCUCUAGGACACAUUAGACCUAGAUGCUAUAAGUUAGGCAAUGAGCGUAGAAAUCAGAACAUUCCUAGUCAGGUUAGCUUUCUGUCUAAUCAGGUUAGUCAUUUGACUGAGAUGCUUACUAAACUUACUAGGAGUACUUUAUCAUCUAAAAAAGUUUGGGUCAAAAAGGGCGAUCUAGCUAGACAUUCAGGUCAAGAAAAGUGUUUCAUUGCUCAUGUUGCAUUAAAAGCCCAAAAUUACAAUAUGUGGUACCUAGAUAGUGCAUGUUCUAGGCAUAUGUGUGGUAAUAAGGCUUUAUUCACUACUCUUGAUGAAUAUAACGGUGGUAUGGUUACCUUUGGAGAUGGGGGUUCUACACCUAUUCUUGGCAAAGGUAUUGUACAAAUGCAUGGCUUACUUGUGAUCUCUAAAGUGCUUUAUGUGGAAGGUUUAAAAUCUAACUUGUUAAGUAUUAGUCAAAUUUGUGAUGCCGAUUUUGAGGUGAGCUUUGUGCAAAAGAGAUGUACUGUGAGUGUUGAAAUUGAUGUGAGUGAACUCUGGCACAAAAGGUUAGGUCACUUGAACUAUAAGAGUUUAGUACAACUAGCUAAGAAAGAGUUGGUAGAUGGUUUGCCUAAGAUAGGUCCUAGUGAAAAUGCUGUGUGUGGACCAUGUCAACUAGGUAAACAACUUAAGGGAAACCAUAAGAAGACUUCUAAAAUUCUGACCAAAAGACCCCUAGAAUUGAUACACAUGGAUUUAAUGGGACCAUCUAGGACUGAGAGUUUAGGAGGUAAGCGAUACAUUCUAGUUGUGGUAGAUGACUUCUCGAGGUUCACAUAG